ACCCAUGGUGUAGCACAAAUGAUCACCUAAAUAAGUUAAAAUCUGGCUAAUAUAUAACAUUAAGCUCAGAUUUGAAAUUAUUUCCAAAUUAUUACGCUAAACGAAUUGGUGGAGUCAUUUUUAUUGUGCAGUUAAUUAUAUCAAAACUUCUCGUCCUCCCUACCGAUAUCUGAGAUCAUAAGUCAUUUCUUCAACUUUAUGAAUAUAGUUUUUACGAGGUUUGAUGUGCAUUUUGUUUAAGUUGAAGUGUUCAGUAAGUUUCUCAAAUGUCUAGUACAGAAAUGUGCAUGUACCGAAGAUUAUGCAGCGUCGGUUUAAUAAAAUUGGGAAAAAAAUGUAAAAUAGAAUGAGUUAUGACUUGUGUGUGUGCGCUAUUAUGGGGCUUGUCUAGCGGAUCGGGGAAAUUUGGUUAUUACAAGCAUGUGGAGUUUGUCGUUUUCGGGAUUUGACCUGAAGAACGGAGUCGUUUUCGGUGCCAAUCAGGCAAUCCCUUAGACCCCAAGCAAUUCUCUUUGCGUUUUGCUUAAUGUAGUAAAGACCGACCAAAGAAAAAUAUAUACAUAGAUUAAGAACCUCAUAGAUACAUGUACAUGACCUCCAUAGAUCCACAUUUAUUACAUAUUUCGAUACUAAUUGAUAUAUCACUUCUUCUCUGUUUCUUACUUGUUACUUCAGAAACAAGAAAAAAAAUUACUCGAAUUAUUGUUUUUUUCUCCAUUCUUUUUUCAUAACUUUCUCUUCGAUUCUUCUCACAGCGUAAACCAACAAUACAACAACCAGUUUUUUCUCGCGCAAAGCAAAAUUAAAACAUUACCGGUUGAUCAUCAAAAUCCCAAAACUUAACAAUAGGCGGCCAAAAACAGAGUACAUCCAAAAUGAGUAACCGACGGAAACAGAGCACCACUGUCGGCAUCUUCCUAUGCAUCACCAUCUCCACCUUAUCUUUAUUAUCCGGCGACGUCUCCGCCUUGGGAGUAAACUGGGGAACGAUGGCAACUCACCAGCUCCCUCCAAAGACGGUGGUACAGAUGUUAAAAGACAACAACGUUAGAAAAGUGAAGCUUUUCGAUGCGGACACAAACACCAUGGUAGCUCUUGCCGGCUCCGGUAUCGAAGUUAUGGUUGCAAUCCCUAACGAUCAGCUCAAAGCCAUGGGAAGCUAUAACAGAGCUAAAGAUUGGGUUCGAAGAAACAUCACUCGUUUCAACGAUGACGUUAAAAUCAAAUACGUCGCCGUUGGAAAUGAGCCGUUUUUGACAGCUUAUAAUGGAUCAUUCCUUAACCUAACUUAUCCAGCACUCUUCAACAUCCAGAAAGCAUUAAACGAAGCCGGAGUUGGAGAUUUCAUCAAAGCCACCGUACCUUUAAACGCUGACGUCUAUAAUUCUCCGCUGGAAAAUCCAGUUCCUUCCGCCGGAAGUUUCCGACAAGACAUCUUUGAAGAGAUGAAACUCAUAGUCAACUUCUUGGCUCAUAACAAAGCUCCCUUCACUGUCAACAUUUACCCUUUCCUAAGUCUUUACCUCAGCAGCGACUUCCCUUUCGACUACGCCUUCUUUAAUGGCCAGAACACCGUUAGUGAUAAUGGUGUUAUCUACACAAACGUCUUUGAUGCCAAUUUCGAUACCCUAUUGGCUUCGCUUAAAGCAUUGGGUCAUGGAGACAUGUCAGUUAUAGUUGGAGAAGUUGGUUGGCCAACGGAUGGUGACAAGAACGCUAAUAUCCCAAACGCAGAACGCUUCUACACAGGUCUGCUUCCGAAGCUAGCAGCCAACAGAGGAACACCUAUGCGUCCAGGUUACAUUGAAGUUUAUCUCUUCGGAUUCAUUGAUGAAGAUGCAAAGAGUAUAGCUCCUGGUAACUUUGAACGUCACUGGGGGAUAUUCAAAUACGAUGGCCAGCCAAAAUUUCCAGCGGAUUUGUCAGGGGCAGGUCAGAAGAAGAUCUUAACCGGAGCUCAAAAUGUUCAGUACUUGCAAAACCAGUGGUGUAUGUUAAACCCGGAUGGCCUCACUUUCAGUAACAACACUAACCAGCUCGGGGAUAACGUAAACUACGCGUGUACCUUCUCUGACUGCACAGCUUUGGGGUAUGGUUCCUCUUGUGGUAAUCUCGAUGAGGUCGGGAAUGCGUCGUAUGCAUUCAACAUGUAUUUUCAGGUGCAGAAUCAGAAGGCAGAGGCUUGUGACUUUGAGGGCCUUGCGAUUAUCACUACCCGGAAUAUUUCUCGAGAACAGUGUAAUUUUCCUAUUCAAAUCGGAGAUCCAACAUCGGGACAUAGUGAUCAUAACCAUAGGUUCAUCGGCUUGGCUCUGGUGAGUAUGUUGCUACUCUUUAUGGCACUAUGAGCUUUUCCAGUUUUGCUUCUUGGUUGGUUUUAUGCAUUGUAGUAUAUUGCUGGUUCUUGAGUCACCACCAAAUUAGAAGAAAUUGAAUUCGAUCUAGCAAUUUGAAUCCUGCA